AUGAGCUCAUUUUUCCCAAAGAAUCUGGGAAUUGGAUUUUUCGCGUCUCUGCAACGAAAUUUUAAGACCGCUCAGAAGCUAUCGGGUCUCUCCCGUACUGUCCCAUUCACAAGGUCUGAACAAAGAGAGCUCUUCAAGUACACUAGUGCGCGGUGGUUAUACAACGAGGAAGAACAAACCGCACCACGAUAUGUCGAAUUCAACGUUGAUGAGAUACAACAUGUAGCCUGUGCGGCAGUCGGAGCUCAACGUUGCGUCAUGUUCAAGAAACUAGGUGAAGGAUCUUACAACCAGGUUUUUGCCCUUAACUUUGAUAACGGGGUGGAGGCAAUCGCACGCCUUCCAACUGGCCUUGCUGGAGCCCCUUUCUUCACCAUGGCGAGUGAGGUUGCUACGCUGGAGUUCGUGCGAGAAGUUCUUGGCAUACGUGCGCCGCGAGUAUUCGCAUGGAGCGCUGAUGCUACUGCAAAUACUGUCGGUACCGAAUAUAUCGUCAUGGAGAAGAUGUCUGGCGUAGAAUCCCAUCAUCGCUGGACGCAUAUUGCGAAAGCACCUGAAGUCUUUCCACUUUUAGACGGUGUCUUCGGUAUAGAGCAGAGCUUCGAGGGUGCGCCCUUCUCGCAGAUAGGCAGCCUCUAUUUCAGGGAUGAUGUACGAGCCGAUUUACGGGACCGCCCGCUGUUUCGUCCAGGUUCCCUCCCAGAGAACGAUACCGAGUUGCAUAGAAGGCUCGAUGCAGCGAAGGACAAAUAUCGUAUUGGCCCAAUCGCAGAUCGUCAAUGGUGGCGGUCGGAACGAGCCCAAGUGACAUAUGAUCAUGGUCCAUGGCCUGACAUGGGCUCCUUCCUUCUUGCUGCUGUGGAUUCAGAACGUACUUGGAUUCGUCACCAUGCUUCGCAGAACACGACCUCAAGGUUUCGUCGUUUUCCGUUUUACAACGCUGUUGCCCACCUUAAACUUUUGGAUGUGCUUGCCCUCGCGAUUCCGCACAUAAUACCGCCACUCAUGCUGAGCAGCCGAACUCUCUGGCAUGCCGACAUUAGUCAUUCAAAUUUAUUCGUUGCUGAGACGGGUCCGGCAGUGGUCCAAGGUCUUAUUGAUUGGCAGCAUAGCAUCAUAGCUCCUUAUUGCAUGCAGGCCACAUUUCCCUCUAUUUUUACCUAUGACGGUGGCCUGAUCGACAUCCCGGUGGGUCGUGUCGCGCCUAAGUUGCCCAGCCACGUGUCGACGUUGAACCCAGACCAGCAAGUGCCGUAUCUUUUACAUUUGAAGCUCGCGAUGAGACACAAAGCGUAUGAACAGAAGAUCGUGACGGAGAACGAGAGGAGGAUGAUCGCGUGUGCGAUGCCUUUCUCCACGGAGCUGGCGCUUUUGCCGUACCAUGUUCUCAGAUCCUGGAGUGACAGCCUGGUACCACUCCGAAAAGCGCUCUUGCACCUCCGAGAUGUUUGGGACACCUAUGCUCAUGAGGGCACUCAGUGUCCGAUACGUUUUACGGCCGAUGAGGUUCAGAAGCACGAGCAGGAAUUGCAGCGGUAUACCAAAUACCAGGAAUCUAUUACUUCUUUGGAUAACGAUCUUGAUCAGGCAGACGCCUGA